ACAAUUCUCUCUCUCUCUCUCUCUCUCUCUCUCUAUCUAUUUCUCUCUGAGCAUUUUCUUUCUGCAAAGUGAAGCAAUUAGCAAAAGCAUGGGGGCACUUGAUUACCUCUCCAACUUUUGCACAGUCACAAGCACCAGUACCAGAAGCAGAAGAAAACCAAUGCAGACAGUUGAAAUCAAAGUCAAAAUGGACUGUGAUGGAUGUGAAAGAAGAGUCAGGAAUUCCGUUAAGUCCAUGAAAGGUGUAAAGAGUGUGGAGGUUAUUAGAAAGCAAAGCCGAGUAACAGUUAGCGGAUAUGUGGAUCCAAACAAAGUAUUAAAGAAAGUGAAGAGUACAGGCAAAAGAGCGGAAUUCUGGCCAUACAUACCGUACAAUUUGGUGAGUUAUCCUUACGUGACUCAAGCCUACGACAAACGGGCUCCUGCUGGUUAUGUCAAGAACGUUGUCCAGGCCGUUUCAGCCCCAAAUGCAACCGACGAACGGAUCACAUAUCUCUUUAGUGACGAUAACCCUAAUGCUUGUUCAAUCAUGUGACAUAUUUUUAUAUACAUAUUUAGUAAUCAAGUUUGAUGCUUAAUUUUCACUUGUUUGUUUGCUUUUGGUAUUAUGUUAGUACCACUAUGAUUUGAUGAUGAACCGUACGUUUAGAUACACUUUGUCAUGCCUCGUAAGCGAGAUAUAGUUUUUGUGCGUGUAUCUGAGAUCGAGGCUUAUGUAAGUGAAAUUACCAAUAAUAUAUAUGAUGGCUUAUUUGGUAA